AUGGUCAAUGCAUUGAACAACGUCUCAUGCGCCGGCAGCGACUACGUCCCUCCCAAGAGGAAAUACGUCGGCGGUGCUGGCCUUGUCGCCUGUCGCAACGGAAUCGAGCAGGGUUUGGUUGGCGUCAAGACGAGCUGGAAGUGGACAGGCGUGACAAUUUCGUCCGACAUGAUGACGGACCGCAGGGGCAGGCCACAGGCCAACGUGAUUCUCGUGAAUGAUUCUGGCGCCGUCUUCUUCGACUGUAUUGACUGCAACAUGGAGAGGAAAAUGGGUGGCUACGUGGCGGGGAUUCUCAGGCCCGUGGUGGAGGAAGUGGGUCCAGAGAACGUUGUUGAGUUCUGCAUGAACGGGGGGUCGAACUAUGCGGUGGCGGUGAAGCACCUUAUACGGGAGUGGCCGCACAUUCAGGAUGUGCCGUGUGCCACUCACGUAUUGGAUCUUCUUGUGGAAGACGUGGGAAAGAUGCCAUGGGCUAAUCCGGUGGUCGACAAGGGAGGGGAGAUAACCAGCUUCGUCCGCAACCACCAUUGGACCCGAAGGUACAUGCGGACGCCGGAAUUGGUGGAGGGGAAGGUUCUGGAAGCGCUGAAGCCGGCUGGAACCCGAUUCGGGACCAACUACAUAGCCAUAUCCUGGCUGUCUGCAAUGCGCAGCAGCCUCGUCAACAUGGUGACGAGCGACCACUGGAAGGAGUGGGCGGUAGGGGACCGGAAGAAAUCAUGCGACGGUUUUAGAGCGCUGAUCCAUGAUGCCGCCUGGUGGAAAACGGCCGAAUUCUUCAUCGCCCUGCUGAAGCUGCCCUACAAGGCGAUGAGGCAGACGGACGGGCAUGCCGUGGGGAUGAUGGGGAGGAUGUACGAUGUGAUGCUCCAGUUGACUGAGGACGUGGGGGACUUACUCGAUGAGAACGAGGAGCAGUUGAUCAACGGGGAGAAGGACCAGAUCAGCCGCAUCCUCAGAGAUCGUUGGGACGGCAGCCUCGCAUGCGCCAUGCAUGUCACUGGUCGCACCCUCAACCCCGCCAAUCAGGAGGAAGAUAUUUUCGGCACUGAUCCCGAGUGCACGAAAGUCUUCAAGGCGUUCAUCAGCCAGUAUGCCGAGUUCCUUGCGAGCCGCAGGGAUGGGGGGAAUGACGCGUGCGACAUCUUGAUUGAGCUGGGGGACUGGCUGAGGGCGUUCCUUUACAUGAAGGGUUCUUUUGGGAUGCCGGAAGCCGUGGCACAGAGGAAGCUGAUGAAAGAGGGGAAGCAUAGCAUGGUGAAGUGGUGGUAG